CCCAGCGCCGCCCGCACGAGGCCGAGGCCGCGCCAUGGGGGUCGACUUCGACGUGAAGACGUUUUGCCACAACCUGCGGGCCACCAAGCCGCCCUACGAGUGCCCGGUGGGCAGCUGCCGUAAGAUCUACAAGAGCUACAGCGGCAUCGAGUACCACCUGUACCACUAUGACCACGACAACCCGCCGCCGCCGCAGCAGCCGCCGCUCCGCAAGCACAAGAAGAAGGGCCGCCAGGGCCGCGCCGGCGCCGCCGACAAGCAGUCCCCGAACCCCUCGGAGGCGUCGCAAUCUCCGGGCCGCGAGGUGAUGACCUACGCGCAGGCCCAGCGCAUGGUGGAGGUGGACCUGCACGGCCGCGUGCACCGCAUCAGCAUCUUCGACAACCUGGACGUGGUGUCGGAGGACGAGGAGGCCGCCGAGGAGGCGCCGGAGAACGGCGGCAGCAAGGAGAACGGGGAGAGCCAAGCGGCCGCCGCCGCCGCCGCCGCGCCCAAGUCGGCCAAGCAGAAGAGCAAGGAGAAGCGCAAGGACUCCAACCACCACCACCACCACAACGCCUCGGCCGGCGCGGCCCCCAAGCUGCCCGAGGUGGUGUACCGGGAGCUGGAGCAGGACACGCCCGACGCGCCGCCGCGCCCCACCUCCUACUACAGGUACAUUGAGAAGUCAGCGGAGGAGCUGGAUGAGGAGGUGGAGUACGACAUGGACGAGGAAGAUUACAUCUGGCUGGAUAUCAUGAACGAGCGGCGGAAGACUGAGGGCGUCAGUCCCAUUCCCCAGGAGAUCUUUGAGUACCUGAUGGACAGGCUGGAGAAGGAGUCGUAUUUUGAGAGCCACAACAAGGGGGACCCCAACGCCUUGGUUGACGAGGAUGCCGUGUGCUGCAUCUGCAAUGACGGGGAAUGCCAGAACAGCAACGUCAUCCUUUUCUGUGAUAUGUGCAACCUGGCCGUGCACCAGGAGUGCUACGGGGUGCCCUACAUCCCCGAGGGACAGUGGCUCUGCAGGAGGUGCCUGCAGUCACCCUCGCGAGCCGUGGACUGCGCCCUGUGCCCCAACAAGGGCGGCGCGUUCAAGCAGACGGACGAUGGGCGCUGGGCACACGUGGUCUGUGCCCUCUGGAUCCCGGAGGUGUGCUUUGCCAACACGGUCUUCCUGGAGCCCAUAGACAGCAUCGAGCACAUCCCACCCGCGCGGUGGAAGCUGACCUGCUAUAUUUGCAAGCAGCGUGGCUCUGGGGCUUGCAUCCAGUGUCACAAGGCAAACUGUUACACCGCUUUCCAUGUCACCUGUGCCCAGCAGGCUGGACUCUACAUGAAGAUGGAGCCCGUCCGUGAGACAGGAGCAAACGGGACCUCGUUCAGCGUGCGCAAAACCGCCUACUGUGACAUCCACACACCUCCAGGCUCUGUGCGCAGGCUUCCCGCGCUUUCCCACAGCGAGGGGGAAGAGGAGGAUGAGGAGGAGGAGGAGGAAGGAAAGAGCUGGAGCUCCGAGAAGGUGAAAAAGGCAAAGGCCAAGUCUAGAAUCAAAAUGAAGAAGGCGCGGAAGAUCCUGGCAGAAAAACGAGCUGCAGCGCCUGUGGUUUCUGUUCCCUGCAUCCCCCCUCACAGGCUCAGCAAGAUUACCAAUCGUCUAACUAUCCAGAGGAAGAGUCAGUUCAUGCAGAGGCUGCACAGCUACUGGACUCUGAAGAGGCAAUCCCGCAACGGUGUCCCUCUGCUGCGCCGCCUUCAGACACACCUGCAGUCCCAGAGGAACUGUGAUCAGAGAGACACUGAGGAUAAGAACUGGGCCCUGAAGGAGCAGCUGAAAUCAUGGCAGCGCCUCCGCCAUGACCUAGAGCGCGCGCGCUUGCUGGUGGAGCUGAUACGCAAGCGGGAGAAGCUCAAGAGAGAGACGAUCAAAGUGCAGCAGGUGGCACUGGAAAUGCAGCUGACCCCCUUCCUCAUCCUCCUCCGCAAGACGCUCGAGCACCUGCAGGAGAAAGACACGGGCAACAUCUUCAGUGAGCCGGUCCCUCUGUCUGAGGUCCCAGACUACCUGGAUCACAUCAAGAAGCCGAUGGAUUUUCAGACAAUGAAGCAAAACCUGGAAGCGUACCGUUACCUGAAUUUUGAUGACUUUGAGGAAGAUUUCAACCUGAUUAUCAACAACUGUUUGAAGUACAAUGCCAAAGACACUAUCUUCUACCGGGCAGCCGUCCGUCUGCGGGAGCAGGGAGGCGUGGUUCUGCGGCAGGCUCGCCGGCAGGCGGAGAAGAUGGGCAUUGACUUUGAGACAGGCAUGCAUUUCCCACACUGCGUGACUGUAGAAGAGGCUCAGGUCCAGGACAUCGAGGAUGAAGACAUGCGACUGCUGCUCUCGGAAAAUCAGAAGCACCUGCCCUUGGAGGAGCAGCUGAAGAUCUUGCUGGAGCGGCUGGACGAGGUCAAUGCUGGCAAGCAGAGCAUAGGACGAUCCCGCCGGGCCAAGAUGAUCAAGAAGGAGAUCACAGUCCUGCGGCGGAAGCUGGCACACCCCCGGGACCUGGGCCGAGAUGGGCUGGAGCGGCACAGCUCCUCUGCCAGGGGGGUCCUGCAGUCGCACAACCCCUGCGAGAAGGACCUUCAGACAGACAGUGCUGCUGAGGAGAGCAGCAGCCAGGAGACCGGCAAAGGUCUGGGUCCCAAUUCUUCUUCCACUCCAGCACACGAAGUGGGCAGGAGGACCUCAGUGCUCUUCUCCAAGAAGAACCCUAAAACUGCAGGACCUCCGAAACGUCCAGGACGUCCCCCCAAGAAUCGAGACAGCCAGAUAGCUCCUGGGCAUGGGAACAGUCCCAUAGGCCCCCCGCAGCUCCCCAUUAUGGGGUCCUCCCAGCGGCAGAGGAAGCGGGGGCGAAGCCCACGGCCCAGCUCCAGCUCCGAUAGCGACAGCGACAAAUCCACCGAAGACGCUCCCAUGGACCUGCCGGCCAAUGGCUUUAGCAGUGGGAACCAGCCAGUGAAGAAGAGCUUCCUGGUGUACCGCAAUGACUGUAACCUUCCACGCAGCAGCUCCGAUUCCGAGUCCAGCAGCAGCAGCAGCAGCAGUGCUGCCUCAGACCGUACCAGCACAACACCCUCAAAGCAGGGCAGGGGGAAGCCCUCCUUCUCCCGCGUGAACUUCCCUGAGGACAGCAGUGAGGACACAUCAGGAACAGAGAACGAAUCCUACUCUGUGGGUGCCGGGCGAGGCGUGGGGCACAGCAUGGUGCGGAAGGGCAUUGGCCGUGGUGCAGGGUGGCUUUCUGAGGAUGAGGAUUCUUCCCUGGACGCUUUGGAUCUGGUGUGGGCCAAGUGCCGGGGCUACCCCUCCUACCCGGCACUGAUCAUCGACCCCAAGAUGCCGCGAGAGGGCAUGUUCCACCACGGCGUCCCCAUCCCUGUGCCGCCGCUGGAGGUGCUGAAGCUGGGCGAGCAGAUGACUCAGGAAGCGCGCGAGCACCUCUACCUCGUCCUCUUCUUUGACAACAAGCGCACUUGGCAGUGGCUGCCCCGCACCAAGCUGGUGCCGCUGGGCGUCAACCAGGACCUGGACAAGGAGAAGAUGCUGGAGGGCCGCAAGUCCAACAUCCGCAAGUCGGUGCAGAUCGCCUACCACCGCGCCAUGCAGCACCGCAACAAGGUGCAGGGCGAGCAGAGCAGCGACUCCAGCGAGAGCGACUGACGCACCGCGGCACCGGGCCCGCUGCAGCUGGCCUGCGGCCUGGGGGGGGCUCCCCCCGCCUUCCCGGUGCCCCCAGAGCUGUAAAUACUGUACAGCCCUGCCCUUUAAAUUAUUCCCCCCGGGAGGGGGGGGGGGCGGCCCCGGGAACGGAACGGGGGCGGCGGCCCCGCGCUCGGACGUGUUUGUAUUUAUUUUGGAGGAAAAAAAAAAAAUCUAUUGG